AUUCCCAGCUCCAUAUCACAAGGAUGUGGACGGUCCCUUCCUGUUUUAGUACCGAGAGAGCCACCGUAGCGGCUCACACCGGAGCUGGAAUACAGACGCUCACAGCGCGAUUAUGUGUGGAUUUCCUCCGUGUUCGUCCACGACACGGAGCUGCGUUUCCCCCCGCGGGCUGAACGGUGGGAAGUAUUAGCGGGGAAUGCGGUUCUCCGGGUCGCUGGUAUCAUAGCAGGCCUGUUUAUUGCGCCGCUUUCCCGUGUUGCUUUCCUGUCAAUGAUUGUCCUCUCCUCACUCUCAUGGCGGAGACUAAAAUAAUAUACCACAUAGACGAGGAGGAGACUCCCUAUCUGGUCAAACUGUCCGUGUCUCCGGAGAAAGUCACCUUAGCGGAUUUUAAAAAUGUCCUCAACAACAGACCGGUCAACAGCUACAAAUUCUUCUUCAAAUCGAUGGACCAGGAUUUUGGGGUUGUCAAAGAAGAGAUUUCUGAUGACAACGCCAAGCUGCCAUGCUUCAAUGGAAGAGUCGUGUCCUGGUUGGUCCUGGCAGAGAGCGCGCACUCCGACGGAGGAUCUCAGUGCACGGAGAGCCACCCGGAGCUGCCCCCUCCCCUCGAGAGGACGGGGGGCAUCGGAGACUCGCGCCCCCCCUCGUUUCAUGCCAACGCAGUGAGCAGCCGUGACGGCCUGGACACGGAGACGGGAACGGAGUCUCUGCUGAGCCAUCGCAGGGAGCGCGAGAGGGAGCGCGCUCGCAGGAGAGCGCGAGAAACCGAGCUCCCUCGUGUCAAUGGUCACUCUAAAUCGGAGCGCACGGCCAGGGACUCGGCCAUGGGUUACGACAGCGCCUCAGUCAUGAGCAGCGAGCUGGAGUCCAGCUCAUUUGUUGACAGUGAGGAGGAUGAGGAUGCCAGCAGGCUCAGUAGCUCCACAGAACAGAGCUCUUCGUCGCACCUCAUGCGCAGGCACAAGAGGCGCCGACGGAGGCACAAAGUGUCCAAGAUAGAUCGGUCCUCGUCCUUCAGUAGUAUAACAGACUCCACCAUGAGCCUCAACAUCAUCACCGUCACUCUCAACAUGGAGAAAUACAACUUCCUGGGUAUCAGUAUUGUGGGGCAGAGUAAUGACCGGGGGGACGGCGGCAUCUACAUCGGCUCCAUCAUGAAGGGAGGAGCCGUAGCGGCCGACGGCAGAAUAGAACCCGGAGACAUGCUGCUGCAGGUGAAUGAUGUGAACUUUGAGAACAUGAGCAACGACGACGCGGUGAGGAUCCUGAGGGAGAUUGUUUCCAAAACAGGUCCUAUUAGUCUAACUGUAGCCAAAUGCUGGGAUCCGUCUCCACGGAGCUACUUCACCAUCCCUCGCGCGGAGCCUGUUCGACCCAUCGACCCUGCUGCUUGGAUUUCCCACACUACUGCUCUAACAGGACCGUACCCCCACUACGAAUUUGAUGACUUGCCUCUAUCGGUAAGUAAAACAGACAUGGCAACCAUCGUUAAGGUGAUGCAACUGCCAGAUUCCGGUCUGGAGAUACGGGACAGGAUGUGGUUGAAAAUCACCAUCGCCAACGCAGUCAUCGGUGCGGAUGUGGUGGACUGGCUUUACUCCAGAGUAGAAGGCUUUAAAGAUCGGCGGGAUGCGCGGAAGUACGCCAGCAGUUUACUGAAACAUGGCUACCUGAGACACACGGUCAACAAAAUCACCUUCUCUGAACAGUGCUACUACACCUUCGGGGACCUCUGCCAAAACAUGGCAUCGCUCAAUUUAAACGAGGGAUCCAGUGGCGGAGGCUCUGAGCAGGACACUUUGGCACCGCUACCUCCCACCACCAACCCCUGGCCUCUGGGCGGGCAGCCAUUCCCCUACCCUCCUUUUCCCUCCGCACCUCCCAGCUUUCCACCAGGAUACUCGGAUACGUGCCACAGUUUCCACAGCGGGAGCGCGGGCAGCCAGCACAGCGAGGGAAGCCGAAGCAGUGGAUCCAACCCCAGUGCAGGCAAAGGACGACACUCCUCCACGCAGGAGAAGAGUCAAAGGACAGCAUGCAGCGAGUCAGAGCCGGGCGUCCGCGGCGGGAGGCGCAACGACAGAUCCGCCAGCCAAAUGAGCCAUCACAGCCACACGGUGUCCAGCCACAGUCACGCCCGAUCCAGCCUCAGCCAGAGCCAUUCGCACAGGAGCCAUACGCUGGCGCAUAGCAACCACCCCUCCUUCACCUUCAGCCACGCCCCCUUCACUCAGGUGGGGCCGGGCUCCUGCGCCCAAAGCGAGAGAAGCCACGCCUCCUCCUACGGACCCCCGGGGUUACCCCCUCCUUAUUGUUUGGCCCGUCUGGCCCCCAAGACCUCAGUCAGCAGUAGCACACCCCCUGGAGCCCCCCCUGGGAGAGAGUUAGCAGCCGUUCCCCCCGAGCUGACUGCCAGCCGGCAGUCGUUCCAGCACGCUAUGGGCAAUCCGUGUGAGUUCUUUGUGGACAUCAUGUGACUGGACAGUGCCUUCACACAGUGAGCACAAAAACGCUUCUCCCCCCAUCUUUUUGAAGUCCACACAAAGGAAUAAAGGCUGAAGGAGCACAAAGGAGGGGGUCCUCUUGUACACAAGCACACCUCCUCCUGUUUUGUAUUAUGUACAGUUUGUUAAACGUGAGUGGUAUUCCGUGUGGUGACGUCUUUUAAAGCUGACAGGCAGACGUUCUCAGGAGGGUGGAGCUGGGAGAUGUUCUGCUAUGUCAGACCUUUCUUCAGAGUGGAUCUGGAUCACCACGGCGGGAGCGUGGUGGCUCCAGACCCUCUGAUCCCAACAAGUGUCAUUGUGAAACUUACACCAAACAUCCGGCCUCUCCGGCUGGUUUCUGUUCUAAUUUGCCAACUAACACCAACAAAGCCCUGCUCGCGACGCGUGGAGUCCUCCGGGGAAGGGGGGGCCUUUCUACAGCUGAAGGCUGCAUAGUGCAUGACUGUCUCAACUGCUUUAAAUAGAUUUUAUGAAAUUCAUUUUUUUAAUGUAAUAACAUUAUUUGAGGAGGAACGUUACUUCUUGCCAAUGUUUUAAAGGAUGAAUCCGUACACUGGAUGAUUUUUGUGCUGUUAUUUAUGUGUUUUUGUUGCAUCGACGAUGUCAUACUUUGUCUUUUAUGGUUGACUGACAAUCAGGCUUUCACCCUUUAUAAGUCAGCGGCCGAUUUCCAUCGAGCGUUGAUAAAAAUGUUUCAUCAUUGGGCCAGUGGCUCAAAUGCUGACAUUCACAAAAGUAUGAUCUUAAAUCAAAAAGACCGCAGGCAGCAGACGAGCAUCACAUCUGUCAGAAAAACUCUAAAAGACAAGAUGAAGCAGAUUGCUGCGAGCACCAGACCUUUUUUUUGGAAAGCAAGUGUGAACUUAGAUAAAAGUCUGUGUGAUAAAAAGCAAACAUUGUAAUAUUUUAUCAUAACAUCAAUGCCGUCUGUGAUGCCCUUCGUCUUUGUGAUUAUCAUCAGGCACUUUUUUUUUUCUUUUUUCAAGUGACUUCAAGGAGAAUCCUUGCCCACAGGAUGAUGCUCUUCUUGCAAAACGAUGACAAACCCCUGUUGUAUCUACCUUAAAUUUAGUUACAGCACGGACUCACACUAGUUUUAUGAGCACUUUUCCAUUGUCUUUCCCUCCCUUUUAGUAUGAAACACUGUUUGCAAUCAAAGCUUUCUCUUUAACCUUGUUUCGUUACAAAAAGAUAAAUGAAUUGUACAUAAAAAUUUAUUAUAUAUAAAUAAAAAUCUAUAUGUUAAAAA